CGUUCCCGGACUGCAGCAGCCGCGGGAGCUGGCGAGUUGCUGGCUUCGCCGCAGUGCGAGACUCGCGGGUUCCUGUGGCGGGAGCGCCAUGGAGCGGGCCCCGGAGCAGGAGGCGGCGGCGGCGGGGGCGCCGGAUCCGGGCGCGGGGGUCUCCUCGGGCUCCGGCGGCUCUCGCUUGCCCGGCGGCAUCGGCUCGGCGGAAGCCCUGGCGGCGCUGGGCGCGAUCGGGCGGCGGCUGCUGUGGCUGCUGCCGGUGUACCUGGCGGGCCGGGCGGGGCUGAGCCUGGGCUUCGUGGUGGCCGGCGUGGCCCUCUACAUGGGCUGGCGGGGCCGGCGGAUGAGCAAGGAGCGGUCGCUGCGAGCGGCCGGGCUGUUCCUGGGGGACGAGGAGGCUGCGCUGAGCGCCACGAGGCUGGGCCGAAGCCUGGGGCAGAGCGAGCUGCCCGCCUGGGUCAGUUUCCCAGAUGUUGAAAAAGCUGAAUGGCUCAACAAGAUCCUGGCCCAGGCUUGGCCCUUCUUUGGCCAGUACAUGGAGAAGCUGUUGGUGGAAAACAUUGCUCCAAGCAUCCGAGCCUCCAACACCCAUUUGCAGACCUUUACAUUCACCAAGGUUGACAUGGGAGAGAAGCCCCUCAAGGUCAUUGGAGUUAAGGUUCACACUGGCCUGAACAAGAAGCAAAUCUUGCUGGACCUAAACAUUAGCUAUGUGGGUGACGUCCAGAUUGAUGUGGAGGUCAAGAAAUUUUUCUGUAAGGCCGGGAUGAAAGGCAUGCAGCUGCACGGCAUGCUGCGAGUCAUCUUGGAGCCCCUCAUUGGGGACGUCCCAAUUGUCGGGGCGCUCACCAUGUUCUUCAUCCGCCGUCCGACUCUGGACAUUAACUGGACUGGAAUGACCAACCUCUUGGACAUUCCUGGACUGAGCUCAUUGUCUGACACAAUGAUCAUGGACUCCAUUGCCUCUUUCUUGGUUCUCCCCAACCGCCUGCUCAUUCCACUGGUCCCCGAUCUCCACGAAGCAGCUCAGCUACGCUCCCCGAUUCCCAGGGGUGUCGUCCGUGUCUUUCUGAGGGAGGCCAAGGACCUGCAGUCCAAGGAUAAGUACAUCAAAGGGAUGAUUGAGGGCAAGUCAGACCCAUACGCCGUUGUGCGUGUGGGAACCCAGGUCUUCACCAGCAAAGUCAUUGAUGAAGACCUCAACCCAAAGUGGAAUGAGAUGUAUGAGUUCAUUGUACACGAGGUACCGGGGCAGGAACUGGAGGUGGAGCUGUUUGACAAGGACCCGGAUCAGGAUGACUUCUUGGGCAGGAUGAAACUGGACUUUGGAGAAGUGUUCAAGGCUCGUGUGCUAGAGGAGUGGUUCCCUCUGCAAGAUGGUGGCCGGGCUCGUGUGCUCCUGCGCCUGGAGUGGCACACCCUCAUGUCAGAUAUCUCUAAGCUGGAACAGGUUCUCCAGUGGAACAAAACUAUCUCCUCCAGACCAGAACCACCAUCCGCAGCCAUCUUGGUUGUCUAUCUUGACAGGGCACAAGAGCUCCCACUGAAGAAGGCCAGUAAGGAGCCCAACCCCAUGGUACAGCUCUCCGUUCAAGAUGUCACCCGUGAGAGCAAGGUUGUCUAUAACACGUCUUCUCCUGUCUGGGAUGAUGCCUUCCGUUUCUUCUUGCAAGACCCAACCACUGAGGACAUUGAUAUACAGGUCAAAGACGACAACCGCCAGACCACCCUGGGCUCCCUCACGAUCCAUCUGUCCCGCCUUUUGAGUGCCGACAAUCUGGUUCUUGACCAGUGGUUCCAGCUGGAGAACUCUGGACUGAACAGCCGCAUCUACAUGAAACUCGUUAUGCGGAUCUUGUAUCUGGAUGCCCCUGAAGUUUGCCUCAACACCCGGCCAUGCCCCCCAGGAAAUCUGAAUGUCACUGAGGGAACCUAUGUUGGAAGCAGCGUUGACAGGCCUCCUCGCCCCACCAAGGCCAGCCCAGAUGCUGAGUUUGGCACUGAGAGUGUGAUCCGCAUUCACCUGCUGGAAGCUGAGAAUCUGAUUGCCAAGGAUAACUUCAUGGGUGGGAUGAUAAAGGGCAAAUCAGACCCUUAUGUCAAAGUGCGCUUGGGGGGCCAGAAGUUCCGAAGCCGCGUCAUCAAAGAGGAUCUCAACCCCCGUUGGAGCGAGAUCUAUGAGGUCAUUGUGAGUAACGUCCCAGGGCAGGACGUGGAGUUUGAUUUAUAUGACAAAGAUGUUGACAAGGAUGACUUCCUGGGAAGGUGUAAGAUCCCUCUGAGACGAGUGCUAAGCCAAAAGUUUGUUGACGAGUGGCUCCCCCUAGAGGAUGUGAAGUCAGGACGGCUCCAUGUGAAGCUGGAGUGCUUGCCCCCCACGCCCAGUGCUGCUGAGCUGGAGCAGGUAUUGAUGGUGAAUAGCUUGAUCCAGACACCAAAGAGCGAGGAGCUGUCAUCCGCCCUGCUGUCAGUCUUCCUUGACAGGGCAACUGACCUGCCGCUGCGGAAGGGUUCAAAAUCCCCAAGUCCUUACGCCAGUCUCUCUGUCCGUGGUGUCUCCUACAAGACCAAGGUCUCCUCUCAGACUGCAGAGCCAGUGUGGAAUGAAGCUUUUUCCUUCCUUAUCAAGAGGCCCCAUGCAGAAUCUUUGGAGUUGCAGGUGAAAGAUGAUGGGCAUACCCUGGGUACCCUGUCACUCCCACUUGAGCAGCUGCUGUCAGCAGAGGGGCUCAUCCUUGACCGCUGGUUCCAACUCAGCAACUCUGGUCCUGCCAUCCAGGUCCUGAUGCGAGUGCAGCUGGGGGUUCUGAUCUCUCAGCACUCCGGUGUGGAGGCCCUUCAUGCUGGGGCUGGAGAAGAGAAUGAGGAGGCCUCCCAGAAGGGAUCUGAGACGGAGCUGUACAUCCGGGAGGAUGGAGACUCUGGUUCCACUCAAGAGCUGCGCCAGCGCCUGCCACAGGCCAGCAGAUCGGCUGAGUGGCCUUGGAGCUUUUUGCCAGAAAGGGAACAACAACGCUUGCUGUUUAUUAACCUGGAGCUGUCAAACUCGCCCCUGGGCCAGAUGAGCCUCACUGUCUGGUACAACAUGGAUGCGCGCAAACUCAUUGUCAUCAUACACUCCUGCAGAAAUCUUAAGUCAGGUACCAAGGACACACCUGACCCCUAUGUCUCCCUGAUCCUACUGCCUGACAAAUCCCGUGUCACCAAGAGAAAGACAACCGUGCGGAAGAAGACCCACAAUCCAGAGUUCAAUGAGAAGUUUGAAUGGGAUCUGACGCUGGACGAUGCCCAGCGGAGGAAGCUGGAGGCUUACAUCAAAAACAGCGUGUCUUUUAUGUCCCGAGGGGAGCCGAUAGGGAAGGUGCACAUCGACCUCUCGCAGAAGGACCUGUCGCAGGGCGCUCCCCAGUGGUACGAUUUGAAAGAUGACAAAACCAGCUCCUAAUCUCCACGGUGCCUCCUGUCUUGAAACUUCACCAUCCAGGGAGUUGAAGAGCUGGCACUGACACUGCUACCACCGCCACCUUUCGCUGGAGGACUCCAAGCUCACCCGCCUGCUGGACGGACUCUUCAGUUGUAUCUGUUUUUUAAGCAAUCAUAGUGUCGUGUUCUUAGAAUCUUCUUUUUUCACCGAGAAGUGACUCCUGGGUGGGUUUUUGAGGCGGUGAGGGAUUCGCACCCUGCAUUCACCCUGUGUGCUUCUCUCAACACUGCAUACCGCAUGCUGCCUUUUUUUUUAUUGACCAAAGAAGUGGACCUUUUUCAUCCUUCUGUUGAGGAUGAAGUUCCUUUCAGGCUCUACAGAUGCUGUAGGCUGACGCUUUUUCAGUAGCCACUGGAGAAGAAGCUGAAAGGGCCGGGAGCGAAGGGAGCCUGGGGCGAGGGGGUGAGCUAGAGAAGGACUAGGAGCUCCGCAGGGAGGGACCAGAUAUUUCCCCAGAAUAACACUUGGGCAAAUAACCUCCUUUGGAACAAAGGGUUCCACACCAGAUCUUUUAUCUAGAAAGGGAACAUUCUGCAACAACCCUCGUCCUGGGCUUGUUUGGCUGGGAAAAGCAACUUGAAUUCAGUUGUCCUACUAAUACACUUUUCAAAUGGCGUUCAGUCUUUUUGAGAGACGGGAUUUGAGGGGUGGAGAGCGCAGUGGCCAAGCCAUUUUUAUUUGCCUUUUUUAUCAUUCUUUCCCCAUUAUGGGGAGUCCAUGGCUGUGACCUCUGUGCAUUUAGCUGAUGCCUGUCAAGUGUCCUGGUGUGCCCUGCCCUGACUGUGUGCAGACCCACAACCUCCUGGUAGCAGUUCACGCUUACCUCGCCAAACAUCACCUGCUCUUUCUGAUUCUGGCUCCUUUAAACUGAAUCAGUUUGUUUUUGGCUUCUUGUCCCACCCAGCAUUAUGCUGAUAGUCCAAAUGGACAGACAGCUUUCUUGCAGUAUUGUUAUUUGUGCCACUCACGUUGCUGUUUUAAAAAACGAAUGUUGCUUGGUGCCUUCUUGCACUCCAGUCCUGGAAUUGGUGUGUGGCGUGUCAAACCUCCUCCACCCCAACCUCCCGCACCAAGUUCUAGGUCCGUGUGUAUUCUGUAGCAGGAAAUUCAUAUUCCGUGCUCCAAAUCAGAUUCACAGAUAUGCAGAAUUUAUCUACCUGUACACAGAAUUAACUUGCAAUAUUUGCAUUUUCUGACUGACUUUGAAAAUAGAUUUGCAGGGAAGAAUAGGCACAAAGGCUUUGGGGAGGGAGAGGAGAUUUGCUUCAAGAAGCAAAAGGACAACAUACACCGUAUGCAUGAUUUUAAGGUUUCCUCUGCUAGCAUGAAUUUUUUAGAGCUGAGCUUUUAGGACCAUUGCACACAUGAAGACUAAAGGGCCCUUAGACACCCCCCUCCUUUUUCAGAGCAAUAAAUCACUGCUUGCAAAUUUCAGUGCUGUCCUACUGUAGUGCUGGGGAAAUGGCUUGAUUGCUCUUUUACAAAAUAGACCCCAGUGGCCGGGCCUCCAUUUAUUCUUUGCCUUUCCCGUAUCCCCAGGCUAUUCUCGCUUGAGCUGGGCUUGGCGGAGGCCCCUUCCAGGGGGCUUGUGGGCAGCAUGGACUUCCCCUCAUGGAGCUCUUCAGCAGCUGCACUUGGGGUGGUUGUUGUUGUUUGUUUUUGUGGAGGUUUGUUGUCUGCGGUGUUGCUAUGGGAAAGAAUCAAACCGCUUUGGCGAUUUUUAAAAAAUCCACAUGGCUAAGCCCACAGGAAGCUAAAUCUUGAUAGAUGCCUCACAGUGGCUAGAUUUAUUCCGCCUUCGCAGACCCUGUAAUCUGGGCCAGGUGGGCAGAGCAGCUAGACGGCAGGGCGGGCUCUAGCCUCUCCAAAAUAUGGAGGGAGGGGGAGCACAGUAUUUGCUGCUCUGUCUGAGGCUCCACUGCCGAGCAAUCUUGCCUCUCUGCUCGCCUUUUCCUACUGUUCCUUCGCUUCACAGCUGGGAGCUGCCAACAUGGAACUCUCAAGUCCUAGCCCCCAAUUCCUUUCCACGCAUGUGCACUCGCUCUUCCGUCUCUGAAGAAGCCAAAACCAUUAAUUGUGGUCUAUUUAUGAAGAGUUUUUUAAAGUGCUUGUUUCUACGCGUAUGACCGUAGCGAAUGUGUCUGACACAGCAAAAGCACCUCCUUGUUGAAUCUGCGCUGCUCCCCCCCCCCAAGAGCACGUUGAAAGAUUUGGGGUUGGGGGGUGCCGAGUGUGCCUGCAAAGAGCUCAAUCACUUGCUGCCUUCCAUGCCAAAUCAAAGCUCCCGAAAGCACGGCUUCACUGCACGAGUGUGUUACUGGCACCUGUGCCUCUUGUAGCAGCCACUGUAAUUUGUUGUAGCAAAUAAAGAGAGGAGGAAUCUGUGA